AGCACAUAUGCAUUAACGAUGCUAUAAACUGUUUGCUGUUGGUUUUUUCUUGAACGCAGAUUCCAGAACGAUGUUCAAGCGGCUAUCGAAGUCGAGGCGUCACAGCGCCGACGACGUUGCCCUUUCGUUGUCCAGCCCUACGACGCUGGACGAACCGCCUGGGGCGUCCACGUCACGGGACAGCUGCCAGGGUGUCAGCCCAGCCGCCCUGCUCAGGGUUUCGAGGACCAAGUACACCAGGAGAAGCUGCGGUGACGCGAGCGCGAUGCAGGCGUUGCUCGCCGCGAAGCAGGAUCCGGAGCAGGACGUCGCCGAGGCUGACUACCAAAUGGUCACCGCGGUGCCUGCCUUCAUCGUCGAACACGAGCCCGAGAAACAGCGAGGCUCGAGUUUUGGAGUAUGGGGGCGCAGGAUGAGCAAAAAGAUAGAUUCCUUCCGACGGGCUGGUUCCCGCGAGACAAUCUGUUCCAUUUCCGAGAGAUCCGACACCGGUAGCAACAACAACAAAUCUAUCGCGAACAACAACAAUAUCACCUCAAAAAUGGACAAAACACUGCCAGAUUUGAAACUUGACUCCAAGCAAGAAAAGAGAACACCGGGAACGUUCCAUAGAUCAUCGUCCCCUUUCAAAUCCUUUUUCAUCCGUAUGGGUUCCACGGGGAUGUUGAACUCCGCGAAGGGUAACAGACGUUCGCAGAACAUCGACGACAGACUGAAAACCUCCGAGAAGGAGAAUCUGUUCAGAAGUUGCAGCACCAGUCAACUGAACACCAGUCCGACCUACGUGAAAGGUGACGAUCCCUCGGAAGGUAUCGAUCUCCAGAUCUCCAGUCGCAAGGACAAGACCGUGUCUUGCGACGAUCUAGCGCAUCAAAACGACGACGCGUACGACGAUCAUAUAAGCGUCAAUUCCGCGUCCCUGUAUCCCCUUGGAACUCCGUCCAUGGCGAGCUUCAGUCCAUGCGACUUCGAACAAUCGCGAAACGAAACGCCGAUGAGGAAGAGCAGCAGCUGCGACUUCAAGGAAACGAAGAAGUCCAGCUUCCCGUAUGCUUUCCUACGAUCGAAACUAUCCGUCCUGCCCGAGGAACGUCACGGCACGUUCGCGUCGAAAGACGAACGACUAUUCAAGACUGCCUCCGAGGAGCACUUCCCUGCCUUGAAGAUAGAGGAUACGUACACCGGCACCACGACUCUGGGUAGACGACGUUCCAGAACCGGGAACCUGGGCAGAGGGCACGCUGGCAAGUGUCAAGAAGCUUCGACGUCCAAAAGUGGGCGUAACUCGUACGCAGAAUUCCGUAAGAGUUCGAGCAGAUGUGAGCAAGAUAGAUACAGCCUGAAUCCCAGCCACUUGGAGAGGAUCGACGACAACUUCCAGCCUGAUGACACAGGUUGCUACAGCUCGUACGACAGUAGCCCGAUGUCCCUUAGAGGAAACGUUCACCAUCAUCAUGAUCAUCCUAGCCAAGACAGAGUGGACUUCGGGAGGAUCAACGAUUCCAGGUUCUCCGAAACCUCCUCUCUGAACGUAGAUCUGGACAUGGUGCCCACGCUUAGGAAUCACCGAAGGAAUUCAGCGCCCAGCGGCGAACAAAGGCUGUCCUCUCACUAUGUGAGCUCGAAUGAGUCUGGUUACGACAGCGACGGGCCCAGAGGAGAGUCUGCAGCCGCUUCGGAGAACGAGGGACUGAGCCUGAAGUGCACGGAUAGCUCGGAUACCAGCAGCGUGGUAGACUCUGAGCUGGAGAAACCCAUAAGGAGUUCCACGCCCAGUGAAUGUCAUGAUCAGGAGAACAAUCACGAGCCCAGGACGAGGGAGAAUCAUGAAACUAACCGAGUCAGAGCGGGAAACUCUGAGUUGAACGAUGGUAUCGAUGGGCUCAGGUGGCAUCAGAGCAACUCUGGUAGACUGCUACCCAGUAUUCAUCAAACGUACGAUGAGGCCGCAAUGAAUACCCAGUUCCCCGUCUGCGGGAACGGAUUGAAUGGUUUGCAGUGCUCCUCCACUCCGAAAUCCCUCGAUAUUUCGCCCCAUCGGAUGAGACUGCAGCAGGAUAAGACCAGGUUCCUAAGCGAUAUCAUUCAACCGCCGAAGAGGGUUCGACGGUGUCGACUGGUCCAGCUACAUAAAAGGGACCCGAAAGAGAGCUUGGGGAUACGAUUGGCGCAACAGCGAUUAGGGGAACUUCGGUAUAUCGUUGUGCAGCUGGAGAGCGAUGGAAUAGCGCAUAGGGACGGUAGACUGAGACUCGGCGACGAGAUCGUCGAGGUCGAGGGUAAAGAGCUCCGAACUCUGGAAAACUUGGAGGAGGUCCAGGAUUUCUUGAAAUCCUUCACCGGCAACAAGAUACGUUUAACAACCGCCUACGAGGAGACGGUGCCCCAGGUGUACGUCAGUCCGCCGACAUUACCCGGGGAGUACGAGUACCUGGAAAACGCGAAAAAUCUUUCCAACCUGUCGUUGAUCGACGGUCAAACGAAGCAGGUCCUGCAGACGGAAAAAUCGGGUAAAACCACCGAGGGGAGUGUUCAGUCGACGAAGAGGCCGGACUUUCUGCCGCUUUCCUGCUUAGCCAAGGAACGAAAAGGUUCAGAGAAUGGUCUCGAAUCAACGACGGAACCGCAGCACUACCUGACAAGGCACAUUGCCAAAUUCCAGAAGGGUUACGGUAAACCCAGCCUUGGCUUCAGCGUGGUGGGUGGGAGGGACAGUCCACGGGGUGAGAUGGGGAUCUUCGUCAGAAGGGUGUUCCCUGGCGGUCAAGCUGACGUUUCAAAAUCACUGUUCCAAGGUGAUGAAAUAGUGAGUUUGAACGGAAAGGUUCUGCGUGGUUAUACGCAUCAAGAAGUUAUCGAGUUGUUUAAAGCAGUAAGGGAAGGUCCUGUCGAACUGGAAAUUACAAGGAGACAGAGGUACCCGAAACCAAUACAAAAAUCCGCGCCAUGUUGAGGGAUAGGCGACGUGGACGAAUCUGCCCACCGA